CUGACUGCAGAGUGCAGAUCCAUGGACGAUAAACCGGCAACCGUUGUAAUCCCGGAAUAAUCUAGCUUUUAGCGUAUGUUUUAUCGUAAUGAUUGUAUGAUUUGCAAUUCUAAGUCGAAAGUUAUUUUUGGUGAAUCGUUAGACAUCCAAAUAUUUACUUGGUUUUUGAUAUUAUUGUUUUGAAACUGCUCAAUAUGCACGACAUACUCCACGUCGAAGUUUGCCAAAAUACUGACAGCAUGCUGUCACCAACUGAAAUUGAAGAAUUAGUUGCUGCUGAGCUGAACUCGGUAGAUGAAGUUACUUUGAAUAAGUUUAUGAUGCCUGGAUCUUUUAAAUUCCAAUCAUUGAAUACCCAUAUUCAGUCUAUAAUCUGCUCUUGUGCACAAGAAGAUAAAUCACGCAUCAAGUUACGUGGAUUAACUACAAAAAUACAUGUUUAUCGAUUGAAUGAAGAAGAAGCAGCGAUUGAAUCUAUGAAUAAAGAUGGAGAAUCAAUUUCUGCUGCAACACAUUGGAUUUUACCUUCUGCAGAGUUUUAUGAUCUUUGGGAAAAUUUAUUCUAUGAACAAGGUGUCAAGGAAAAUUUGCUCAAUUUUAUUGAAACUGCCAUGCUGUAUUCUGAGCGUAAAGUAAAUCCACAUAUAAUUAGUUGGAAUAAAGUGAUUUUAUUACAUGGACCACCUGGAACUGGAAAAACAAGUUUAUGCAAAGCCUUGGCACAGAAAGUUACUAUUCGUUUGAAAAAUUAUUUCAACAGAGGAGAGCUUGUUGAAAUAAAUAGUCAUAGUUUAUUUUCAAAGUGGUUUUCAGAGAGUGGAAAAUUAGUACAAAAUCUCUUCAAUGAAAUAAAAAAUUUGUUACAAGAUCCUAAAGCAUUAGUAUGCAUAUUGAUUGAUGAAAUUGAAUCUUUAGCACAUGCCCGUAAAGCUUGUAUUAAUGGUACAGAGCCUAGUGAUUCCAUCAGAGUAGUGAAUGCUCUUCUAACUCAACUUGACAAUAUGAAACACUAUCCAAAUGUAUUGAUUUUGACAACAAGCAAUUUGACUGAAGCUAUUGAUUUAGCUUUUGUUGAUCGUGCAGAUAUAAAACAGUACAUAUCAUUUCCUAAUGAACAAGCUAUUUACAAGAUUUACAGCUCAUGUAUUAAAGAAUUAAUGAGGACUGGUUUUAUUGAACUUGAAGAAAUCCAAGAUUUAUCAUACUUGAAAAUGUUAGGCUAUGAAGAAAAUUCUGAGACUAAGCACAGUUUAAAGUUGUUUGAAUUAUGCCGUGAAAGCAGAGAUUUCAGUGGGCGUAUUUUGAGGAAAAUACCAUUUUUAGCUCAAGCUCUUUUCCUACCAACUAAACAUUGUACUCUAUUGAAGUUUUUGAGAGCAAUGCACCUUGCUAUUCAAAAUCAGAAAGAAAGCUCUAUUGAUUAAUUGAUCAUUAUUUAUUUAUUUUUUACUAUUUACAAAGUUAACAUUUAAUUUCGAUACUCACUUAACAUAUAAAUCUAGACUUAUUUUUUAAAAAGUAUUUUGAUAAAUAAUUCAGCUGUAAUAUGUAUAAGAUUUAAAAACUAAGCAAGUAUAAUGCCUUUGAAAAUUAAACAUUUUAGAAGUAAUUUCAGUAUUGAGCUUUUAUAAAAAGACCUGAUCUUUU